AUGCCGGGUGGUAAGUUACUACCUAAAAUGAUGCGUAAAUCUCACAGUAAACAUGAAGAAUCUAAUGGUGACUCUACUGCAAAUUCGAAUACAUCAGCCAAUGCUUCGGCUACAUCAAAAACAUCGACAAAUUCGAACAGUAAUCCGUCUGCAACACAGAAUGCCAUGAGUAAUCGAUCAUCAACUCAACAUCAAUCAUCGCCAUUAUCAGGCGAUCAUGAAAAACAAAAACUUGUAUUUCAUUGUCAAUUAGCACAUGGUUCACCAACAGGGCUUAUAUCGGGUUUCACAAAUGUUAAAGAAUUAUAUCAAAAAAUUGCAGAAUGUUUUGAAAUUCCAGCGGCGACAAUUUUAUUUUGCACAUUAAAUACUCAUAAACUUGAUAUGGGAAAAUUGCUUGGCGGCCAGAUUGGUCUUGACGACUUUAUAUUUGCGCAUGUUAAAGGACAAGCAAAAGAAAUUGAGAUUGUCAAAUCAGAAUCAGCACUUGGAUUAACAAUUACAGAUAAUGGAGCUGGUUAUGCUUUUAUAAAGCGUAUUAAGGAAGGAAGUAUAAUAGAUCGUUUGAAAACAUUAGUGAAGGUUGGUGAUCAUAUUGAAAAAAUUAAUCAAAAAAGUUUAAUUGGUGCAAGACAUUUUGAAGUAGCAAAAAUGUUAAAAGAAAUACCUGUGGGUGUAACAUUCACCAUGCGUUUAAUCGAACCAAAUGCGUUUGGAUUUCAUAUUGAACCGGCAAAACGUGGUCGUAAAGUGGGAGAUGUUAAAAGUGGUAAUAAAACAUUGAGAUUUAAAGCGGAUGGAAAAGCAACAGUCGAAGAAGUAGACGAUGUAAUGAAUAAAUCAAUUGAACGUAUUAAUGAAAUUUUAGAAACUUUUAUGGGUAUUAACGAUUCAGAAUUGGCUCAACAAAUUUGGGAUUUAGGUCAACAUAAAAAGAAUCCAAGCGAUUUUGCAAUGGCCAUUGAUGAAUCCGAAAUUGGUGCAUUUAGUUUUACAGAUGAAUUUAUAUUCGAUUUAUGGGGUGUUAUUGAUGAUGGUAAAAAUGGACGACUUAAAGAACAUGAUUUUGAAGAUGAAAGACUCUAA